AUGAUGACCCACGAGGAGCCUUACAAGAUGCCGACGCCGCCCGACACGAUAACACACAGGCACGACGUGAGCCACAGUCCUGGAGAAGAGUCGACAUCGCCGGNNGGCUGCAAGCGAGACGGCCCGCUGGACGACGAGGCCGAGAGANGCAAGAAGCGGCGCAUCACUCGAGCCUGCGACUUGUGCAACAAACGUCGAGUCAAGUGCGACGGGCAGCAGCCAUGUUCGAGGUGUGCAGGACACGACGUGUGCGAAUACCAGAGAGCAGUCUACAAGCGGNGGAAGCCCAGUCGUUCGGCCCUGCUGGAGCGACAGAACGGACACAAGCAGGAAGCCGCGCCCGCACCCCCGUACCUGCCCCCGCCCUGCCCCGGCGCAGCAACAACACACGCAACCUCCGCCCCCGCCCACCGUAGCCNNAUCACUGCCAACUCGACCAUCACAGACCAGACACAGCAGUCCUCAGCAUAUGCCCGACACAGCUCCUUUGGUACCGAUCGUGGCAUGCAACCAUUCAUGCAUCGCCCGAGCCUGGGAGAACGCCACGCUUCGACCGUUACCUUGGACAACACAAACAUGUGGAAUGGCCGAUAUUCGAUUGACCUGGGAACUGCUGCUUUCAAUGCAUCAAUGUCGGCCCCGGUUUUUGGUGCUGAAGACGGUGCCUCAGAGACAAACUCAGGGNGUGCUGGACAUCCCAAAUAUCCUGUCCUCGUGCCACUCUUGCCAUAUGUCGCGUCCAUCUUGACCGAGGCUCAAGCUGCGAGCCUGCUCGAACUAUACUUCACCAGCCAAUUCAACACAUUCAUGCACCCCGUGUGUCGCCAUAUACAUGCCUUUGUCUUCCGAAAAGCUUCGGUAAUGAGCAAGGAGAAUCCUCGAAGUUGUAGUCCGGCGCUCCUCGCAAGUAUGCUGUGGGCAGCUGCCGAAACAGGAGGCCCGGAAACUCUGUCCUGGUCACACUCCAAACGCAUCAACAUUUGCAGGAAACUGCGACUGGUUACGAUUCGCUUGCUCCACCCCUUGGUCCACUCGGAUAUUGGCUGUGUCCAUGAGUUGACCGACGGUCCCACCAGAAAACUCCAAGAAUCAAGUUCGGGCACGCUCGACGAUGUCAUAACAUAUAUUCAUAUUGCUGCUAUCACGUCUGCUAGCGAGGAAAAGGCCAUGAGCAUGCGAUGGUGGCACGCAGCUUUCGCUCUUGCGCGAGAACUUGGUCUGAACAAGGAGCCCAUCUCCGGUUCAUCCAUUCCAGGUGUAUCACCAACCGCCAACAAUCAGAGCAUGAUCGAAUUUGAGAGCGACCCCUGGCUGGGACUGAACUCGUUCGACUUCGACAAUGGUCUUGCGCAGUACAUGGAUGCUGCAGAUACCGCACAGCCCGAAGUGGAUCAAGAGACGCUGGAAGAGAGGAGGAGAACUUGGUGGUUGCUCUACAUUCAGGAUCGUCAUCUGGCUCUCUGCUACAACCGACAAAAUGCCUUGCUGGAUGCUGAGUGCGAAGAUCUCCUAUUGCCCCUGGACGAAGCAUCAUGGCAGUCUGGCACUUUCUCAUCACUCACGCAACGCCCACAAUUUCCUUCUUUCGAAUGCACUGGUCACAACAUCUACGGCUGGUUCCUGCCGCUGAUGACAAUUGUCGGCACGAUACUCGACUACAACCAUUUGAAGAACCAUCAUACUCUUGGAAAGCUCUACACAGAUGGUCAACGCGUGCAAUCUCAAGUUCUGUUGCAGCUCGACAACUACGCGCAAAGUCUUGUUCGAUUCGAGCAACAAGCAUCAGCACUCGAUUACCAGGAUAUUCAUCACACAAAAACCGUCGUCGCGUAUGCCAAUCUUGUCAUUCAAGUUUCGCGGGUUUUGCUAGCAGGAAAAUGGGACCCCAUGUCUCUCUUCGACGACCGAGAUCUCUUCAUGGCUACCCCUUCAUUCACCACAACCAUUGCAAAUGCCAUUGCAGCUGCCGACAACGUCUCGCACAUCCUGGACGUCGACCCAGAUCUCGGCUUCGUACCCUACUUCCUCGGCAUCCAACUAUUGCAAGGCAGUCUCCCUCUUCUCUUGAUCGUAGAUCGACUACAGACAGAAACAGAUCCGAAGAUAAUAAACGCAUGCGAAGUCAUCAUUCGAGCGACUGAGGCUUGCGUUUCGACACNNCUGGAUACAGAGUACCAGCGCAAUUAUCGCCAAAUCCUCCGCUCCGCAGUCACACAAGCACGAGGCCGCUACGUACCGCAAAAAGAAACACAAUACCGACGACACACCGUACUCGCACUAUACCGCUGGACAAAGAACGGCACUGGCAUUGCGCUACGAUGA